CAGACACAGACACAGACACAGACACAGACACAGACACGGCAUUAAAGCCUAGCUACCAGAUCAGUUCCAAGGUGAUAACAGCUCUCGUCAGUAACCCAGCAACAGACCAACUCGCCCAGCCUGUCAUCCUCACCUUCAAACAUCUACAGGUGAGGGCGGAGUCAGCGGAGAUGAACUAUACCUGUGUCUUCUGGUCGGAGGGGCGUGUCCAGGAAAAGGGAGGGGCGUGGUCAAGGCGUGGCUGUACCAAAGUCACAUCUAACGCUACACACACCGUGUGUUCCUGUACCCACCUAAGCAGCUUUGCUGUUCUCAUGGCCCUCUACCCUGUACAGGGGACACGCACCACCAUCCACCUCCACCUCUGUGUCUGCCUCUUCAUCGCUGACCUCGUCUUCCUCACCGGCAUCUCUCACACACAGAGCAAGGGAGGAUGUAGGGUUGUAGCAGGUCUCCUCCACCUGUUCUUCCUAGGAUCCUUCAGUUGGAUGUUGUUAGAGGGGGUUCAGCUCUACCUCAUGGUGGUCAUGGUCUUCAACACUACCAUAAGACCUCUGUACCUGUAUGCUGUGGGAUAUGGACUGCCACUGGCUAUAGUCAUCAUCUCUGCUAUCACCUACCCAGAUGGAUACGGUACCACACAACACUGUUGGUUGUCUCUGGAGAGAGGAUUCAUCUGGAGUUUUUUCGGCCCAGUGUGCACCAUCAUCAUCCUCAACGCUUUCAUCUUCAUCAUCACUGUCUGGAGGCUGGCCCAGAAGUUCUCUAGUCUCAACCCUGACCUCUCCAACCUAAACAAGAUCAAGGUGUUCACAGUGACAGCAGUGGCCCAGCUGUGUGUGUUGGGUACUAUGUGGACAUUUGGAGUGUUCCAGUUCCAAGAGGAGGGGACAGUGGUCAUGACAUAUCUCUUCACUAUCCUCAACUCUCUACAGGGAGCACUUCUGUUCAUCAUGCACUGCCUAUUGAACAAAACGGUUAGAGAGGAGUAUGGCAAGCUCCUGUCCUGUAUCUGCACACCACAGAAGAAGAGAUACUCAGAGUUCAGCACUACCAACCCUUCCUCCAGCCAAUCCCAGGGGUCAAGGGAUCCCCAAAAUACAGGGGGGUUGCAGAUAUGAUGACAUCACCGAACCCCCACAAUGCACCUCUUUACUCCCCUUCCCUUUUCAGGCCUGGUUAGUAGAAAAUGUGCCCUACUAGCCCGGCUGGUUAGUAAAAAUGUGCUCUAUCUCGAACCUAAAAUGGUUCU